AUGAAUUUUCCGAUCAUCGCUCAUGAACCGAAUGUUGUCUCCAUCAAUGUUGGAGGCCGAAUCUUCCAAACGACGAAACAAACCUUAACAUUAGCAGGAACCGAUUCUCUCCUCUCUCAACUCGCCACUGAGUCUGCUCGAUUCGUCGAUCGAGAUCCCGAUUUGUUCUCCGUCCUUCUCUAUAUCCUCCGUACGGGAAACCUGCCUGCGAGAUCACGCGCCUUCGAUGUCCGAGAUCUGAUCGAGGAGUCUAGAUUUUACGGAAUCGAGUCUUUCCUGAUCGAUUCUCUCUCGAAUUCGUCGCAGUUUGAGGCGUUCGAUCUCCGUAAAUCCCGGAUUCUUCCUUUGAACGGUCGAGAUUCUCCGUCGACGAUCGCACCGACGGGUAUCGGCGGAGGGAUCCACGUGGCGCACGGGAGCAAAAUCACUUCGUUCGACUGGUCGUUGAGGCGGAAAUCGACGGUGUUGACGAACUUCUCCGCCGUGGACUCCCUUCUGGAGAUAUCGCCGGGAGUUUUAGCAGCCGGAGCCACCGAUUUCCCAGGUUUGCAAAUCAUCGAUAUCGAAAACGGAGGACUCGUCCGCACAACUCUGAAUUGGGAAAAUCUGACUAGGUCUAGCUCAACGGUGCAAGCCAUAGGCUCUUCCUCUGAGUUUCUGUUCACUAGCUUUGAAUCUAGCAGAAGGAACUCCAAUUCGAUUAUGGUGUAUGAUCUCUCUACCCUUUUGCCUGUCUCCGAAAUCGACCAUGGCGAGAUCUAUGGCGCUGACAUUGAUUCUGCAAUCCCAUCGACGAAGCUGAGAUGGAUUCAGAGUUGUAAUCUGCUGAUGGUCUCUGGUUCUCAUAGUAGCCCGUCUGGUGUGAAUGGUCAUGUACGGUUUUGGGAUGUUAGGUCCAAGAAUAUGGUCUGCGAGAUUAAGGAGACACGAGACUGUUUCUCUGAUGUGACCGUCUCGGAUAAUCUCUCGGCGGUUUUCAAGGUCGGUGUGACUUCAGGGGAGGUUUUCUACACCGAUUUGAGGAGUUUAGGAUCCAAGGAUCCAUGGAUUUGUCUUGGCGAAGAUAAAAAGAGAAGCUUGAGUGAGAGAAGAGGAGCUGGAUGUAAAAUAGAGAGCUAUGGGAAUCAUGUGUUUUGCAGUAAAGGAAGUGGGAUCGAGCUUUGGUCUGAAGUGAUCACAGGUUUGAUAGGUAAUGCAACCCGGGAUGUACCGAAAGAGAGGGUUUUUAAGAAGAAUCUGUUCGGUAAACUGGCGGAUUCAGGAGAAAACAAGAUAACCGGAGUGGCGUUUGGAGGUAGCAGAAUGUUUGUGACUCGAAAGGAUCAGCAGUUUAUCGAGGUUUGGCAAAGUCCUAGUCGUGGAGUAUCGAUCUAA